AUGGUUCUGUUAAAAAUUGUAAAUGAAUUAUAUCAAUUCUCAAUGGAAUUUAGUAAUGAAGAAACCGUCGGAGAAAUCAUAAAUUUAAUUAACACAACCCUUCCUAAAAUCAUGGCAAUCAAAAAGUGCCAAGAAAUAGAUAUUGAUCCAUUAAUUCCACCUCAUCUUACUGAAAUAAAAGAAAGGGUUGUUAGUGAAGCUAUAAAAACUAUUCACAAUGAGUUUCUUGAUAUCCCUUCAUUAGACGUAGAAAUUGCUGACUUAAAAAGGAUGUAUGAAAUUGUAAUGAAUAAACAACCAGAGGCAUUUAUUAAUCAAUUAACAACACCAUGUACAUAUACGAAAAUGAUUUGUUGUAAAAAAGAAUUAGAUAAUAAAAAAACGUUUCAAUCAUUAUAUGGACCAAACAAUAAACUAACAUUAAAAGUAAUUAUAGAGUGA